AAGCAUGUUGAUACACAAUACCUAUGUAAUAUUAUUUUAUUACCUUUUAUAUUUUUUUAUAUUAGGGUGUGGAAAUGUGGGAUAUUAGAGCAUUUUGUACGGCAACACCUAUCAGUGCGCAAUUUAUUUAGAUCGAUGGUGUGAGUGUCAAGUAUUUCUUUUGCGAUUGAUUAAUUUUUAUCGCUAAUUAUUUCAAGUACACAAAAUACUUAUUGUUUUAAUAAACUUAGUGCUUAAUAAAAAACGACAAAAUGGGUAACGAGAACUCUAUUCCUAUGGAACUAUGUUCAAACUCGCGUGUAAACUGCAUUGAUUUUAAGGUGGAGAACUUCGACGCGGACGAGAUCCGGCGGCUGGGCAAGCGGUUUCGCAAGCUGGACCUGGACAACUCCGGCGCGCUCUCCAUCGACGAGUUCAUGUCGCUGCCGGAGCUGCAGCAGAACCCGCUCGUGCAGCGCGUCAUCGACAUAUUCGACGCGGACGGCAACGGCGAGGUGGACUUCAAAGAGUUCAUUCAGGGCGUGUCGCAGUUCAGCGUGAAGGGCGACAAGCUGUCCAAGCUGCGGUUCGCUUUCCGCAUCUACGACAUGGACAACGACGGAUUCAUCUCCAACGGCGAGCUCUUCCAGGUGCUGAAGAUGAUGGUCGGCAACAACCUGAAGGACACGCAGCUGCAACAGAUAGUGGACAAGACGAUUUUGUUCGCCGACAAAGAUGAGGACGGCAAGAUCUCAUUCGAGGAGUUCUGUAACGUGGUGGGCAACACUGACAUACACAAGAAGAUGGUGGUGGACGUGUAGGCGCCGCGCAUGCGUCGUCCCGCCCCCUCCCUAGAUAGAUCACUAUUGCAAUUGCGUCUGCGCCGCGCCGCUCACCCGCCCGCCGGCCACGCGCCACACGCGUCCGUGUAUUUAUUAACAUAUAUCUAUUCCUUCAAGUAGUGCACGACACGGUACAGUAGGAGCACCUCUAUCGAACGUGAUCUCAUGCAAACUGACUUAUUUAGUAUCGGACGCGUGCGAGUGGUGUCGGCGCCGUACUCCUGCUCGCUGCUGCCUCGUCUCGUACAAUGUCAAUGUCUAGUGACAGUUCGCACCACAACAUCAAUUCUCGCGUAUUUUGUUUGGGACCGGUUUGGUUACAAAGUGCGAGUUGUGCCAGUUGACCUGGUUAUUGCAGUGGACUUGCUUUGCUGAAUUACUAUGCGACGGAUAUUUUGCAGUUUUGCCUAAUCGUAUCAUAAUGCGUUUUAUAGCUAUGCAAUAGCAAAUCAUAUUUAAAAAUGAAGCCGUGAUGUGAGUUCAUAUUAAACGCACUUAAUAUUAUGCAGUCAGCACGAACUGUUCACUGUCAGUUCGGCGCGGAGCUCGUACUGUGUGACCAAUCGUCAACGUCAUCAAUAUCCAAGCUCGUGGCAUAGUUUUAAACCUGAUUUACAUAACAGGCAUUUCUCAAGUUCGUCAGAGUGAGGUGGAGUGAGGUGGAGUGAAGCGGGUUGAGGUGGAGUGCAGGCGGCGGGAAUGCGGCGCGGAGCGGCGACGCUCCUCUUAUCAUAAUUCAUUAAAGUUUUAAACUCUAUUUAACUAUAAGAUUAUACAUUAUACUAUUAUAUAUUAUUGUAGUUAUACAUCAUCAAAUUUAGACUUUUAUCGUAGUCGAAUCAAAUGUAGAGUUUUUUUUAUAUUAAUAGUUUUUGUUGCAGUAAUUUUAGUUAUUUUUGUUAUUUAGUAUUUUAUCGUAACAUUUUAUUGUUCAAUGCAAAUCCACGUAGUCUGUGUGUGUCCGGGAGUGCCGGAGGGCUCGGCGCCUCCGCGCGGACCUCCACUCUCUACACUAGUCACAACCGACCGUUGUAGAGCUCUAUUACAUUGGACUAAAGUCACUGUCAACAUAACUGUUAGUAUGCAUAAUGCAUUAUGAAUAAUAUGAAUAUUUAGGUACACGUUCUGUGUUCAAAUUCUAAAGUAAAAAUUUAAUAAAAUCAGUAAAAUUAGGAUGUAAUCACACUAUUCGUAGUAAGUGGAGAGAACUUGCGCCGUCGCGCCGCAACCAUCCUACACCUAUUCGCGACACGCCAGAACCGAACCAAUACACCAGUGAACAUAGUUGUGCGACUACACCACAGCAUGACAUACAAACACCUAGUCGUACGACUACGCUGGUACAACCCCCAAGCAGUCGUGCGACUACAUCGGUAAGGUCGGUCGGUGGUCGUGCGACUGCGUCGGUAGACAUUCUCGAUAGCCUCCUGUUUCUCGGAUUUGUUGUCUGCGUAGUGUUUCUGUGAGGGUAGUUUCAUCGUAACAUUAUAUCCAGUGACAUAGUUGUAGCGACAGAACAGUCGAGUCGCGAAUACUUUACGAGUAACACUCAAUCGCCUUAUCCGAAUUUUAUACGAUAUAUGUAAUGUUACGUCGAUAGCUUGUUUGUGGUCUGUCCUUGUCUGUGUGGCGUCAAUUGUGAUCGCGAUGAUCAUCGUCGAUGUACCUCGUAGCACCCCCCCGCCCCUUUCACCCUCUCCCUCGUGUCUCCGCCAUCCCUUACUUCCUGUGUCUUCUGCUGUGGGAGCUGGAAACUUACUCAACACUACGCGCUGUGUAACUAUGUCGGAUAUUGUUAACAUAGAGUUUCCGAUCAUCACGUCCAGCAAUAGCGAGGAAUUCUCGCGCCUUGUUGCUGAAGACAAGAUGCACAAUCGUUAACGAUAAUAGAAAACAAACAAAUGUAGAUAUUUUAGCGAUAAGUGUAUCGUUAAGAUAUGUCAUUCCCGUGCAUUUUUUUCCUAUUAGCGUUAACGAUUGUUCAUAUGCAUCUUGUCUAUGGUGCAUGUAGCGCGUCAGUGUCAAUGCGUCGGGGACACAUUUAAGAGGUCGUUGAAGUGCUUUUCAGAGUCUGGGUUACUGACGCUUAGAACGCAUGAUGAUCGGAGUCUAUUUGUGAAACCCGUGUUGAGAGGUUUCCGGCAUCUCGCUACUAUCUAUUGCGCUUUAGGUUAUAUCUCUUCUGAGAGAGCACGUCGAAAGAUGCGAGAGACACUCGUCUUGUCGGUGUCUAGUCAGCAGUUCGAGGUGUUCUCACACGAUGGUACUCGCUGUGAUAAUGUCUACUAAACUGCAGUCGCGGUACACACCCAAACGUCUGAAACAUUCGAGUCGACAACGACUUAACACAAACGAAGCAUGAGCCUGAAGUGGACGUGACCGAACUCCGCACACAAUAACAAAACUAAUGCUUCCACCAUAUGUGAUUAAAGUGUGUCUAUCGAGAGGUUUAUAAAUCCUCGAUUCCAUGUGUCGAACCGUAUGUUUUAGUAGUGUAGGGUGUGUGCCGCGGAUGUCUCCCCCCAACCCACCCCCUCCUGUCCCGCAGGUAUUCGCCGCGCUGAAGUGACGUCGGCGGGUCCUGCUCCUUGCACUCCUCAUCCUUGAUGUUUGAACACGUGGCUCGUUAUAGAUUUUACAUAAAUAAAUUGUACAGAAUAUUUACGUACCUAUUUAAUAUAACUAUAUUUUGUGUUACCAUCGCCCGUCUCGUGUAAAGUAGGAAUGUUUAAAGAAACCUUGUGAGCCGAUCCGCUAACGUCGCGAUGGAUUCAUGGCGUACUUCGUCCCGCGCCGAGCGUCGUGCCGAGCAUCGCGCCGAGCGUCGCGCCGUGAUCUCUUUCCUGACGCGAGAAUGUGUACUGAGUGUGCAAAAGACUAUAUCGUCGUGCAUCCAUCGGCGUUGCGGUCGGUUGAAAUGUUAAAAAACAUUUUAAUUAAUUUAGUAUAAAGUAUUUUCUUGUCGUCGUGUGUUGUUUAUAUAAAGUUAGAUAACAAAUGUGCGCAAAGCGACGCGGCGCCGGCGCACUGAGGACGCUUGUAGAUGAUGAUAGAUCUCCUAUCCAACUUUUCUUAGUACGUAAUUGCGGGCCAGUAUACAGUGCUAGUACUUAUUUUCACUAUAAUAACACCACAAGUUCGGUAAAAUACCUACCUUUUGUAAGUUGAUAAAGAACAAUUCAAACGUCUACAAGCAUACGAAGUCUGCGCUUUCAUUAAAACCGGACGGUGGUCCGGAUACAAGACCAGCUGUUUGAAGCCACGCCUCAGUCCGUGCGCCGGCGAUGGCGCCGCGCCGCGUUGUUGAUAGUGUUAUGAAUAUUUAAUGCGAAUAACUUCGGACGAGUACGAAUGUGUAUCGUUCACAGCUUUAACAAAUUGUGUGGUUAAUUAGCAAUAUGAUUCUGAAGCCUUAUUCGGGGACCGACGGUGCGCUGCGCGUCUUCCAGAUCUGCCUUCCGACAUACUGUCCGUUCCACAGUACAGUGUUGUUUUGUUGCUGUCUAAAAUAUAUCAUAGCAGUAACUUAAAAAAUACAUAACAUAAUUCACCGCUUUGACGAAUCUUGAUGGUGAUACUCAAAGUUCUGUGGGAUUGGACACUGCGACAUAUGGCAGUGAGACGAAGGCGGUGCAGCGUGCCGGCCGUGCCGGGUGAACUAUGCUAUGAUACUAUAUUAUACUAUACUUAAGCUACAAUUAUGAGGUAUAGUACGAGUACACAAUGUAAGGUCGGUGUCGUGUCGUCUGCUCAUCCAUCGGUAGGUAGCGUGUCUUAUUAACUCUACUCUUGAGUGGAACUGAGGAGUUUUAUUAAAUUUUCAAAUUUCGAUCGCA